UUCAGCUCAGUCAGCCGACAGUCGCGAAGGUGGAAUGACUUGGAUCGCCGUGCUCAUCGUUUGCCUAGCAGCAAUCGCUGUCCGGGGGGAAGUCCCGAUUGCGACGAGGGCCGAGUGGAACGCCCGACCUCCGAGUGGCCCCAUGGACAGCAUGGAGACGCCCCUUCCCCGGGCUGUGAUCGCCCACACAGCCGGAGGCAGUUGCUCCGACGAUGUCGCGUGCUCCCAGCAGGUGCGAAAUCUGCAAAACUACCAGAUGUCCAGGCAGAAGUUCUCCGACAUAGCCUAUCACUAUCUGAUCGGCGGCAAUGGCAAGGCGUACGAGGGCAGGAGUGCGAACCAGAAGGGAGCAUUCGCUGCUCCCAACAACGAUGGAUCACUGGGCAUUGCCUUCAUCGGUAACUUCGAGGAGCAGGCGCCCAGUCAGGAGGCCUUGGAGGCCGCCCAGAAGCUCCUGGAACACGCAGUAAAAGAGGGUCAGCUGGUGGAGAACUACAAGCUAUUGGGACAUCGCCAAGUCAGUGCCACCAGAAGUCCAGGAGAGGCACUCUACAAUCUAAUACAACAAUGGCCCCAUUGGUCUGAGCAAAUAUAACAUUCUGAAUACACAUCUUAAGUUUCGACACGUAAAGACCACUCCUUACACAUUUAUUUGUAAAUAUAAUUAUAUAUAAUUUGUUUUUUGCUUAAAUACGAAUACUAAAAUUGUAAUUUUGUUGAUCUGUUUCCGAUGUA